AAAGUUAUAAUUGUUUUUAAUUGUCAAAUAAAGGCAUAAAAGGAGCCCUUAUUGUCACCAUGUCUUCAAUAAUUGAGCUUAUAAUGGAUGAGCCGAGUCAACUUAAAUGUCUAUUAGUAAACACAUUGAACACAUCGACCGCGAAAUGCAAUUUUACACAAAACAUUGCGGACUGCGGUUACGACGGCAUUAUCUAUGACUUCACACGAAUGGUAUAUUGCGAUUUCGGCGAUCAAUAUCGGGCCGUCUCUCUCGUCGUACUCUUUGGUAUACUAUUAUUCCUAUUCCUAUCGAUGGGUGUCGUCGCCGACGAGUUUUUAUGUCCAGCUUUGCUCACAAUAUCCAAAACAUUACGACUUCCCGAUAACAUAGCCGGCGUCACUUUUCUAGCCUUUGGAAACGGAGCGCCCGAUAUAUUCUCGUCCAUCAGUGGCGUAACGCAAAGCAAACCACAACUUAUAUUUUCAGGCCUUUUAGGCGCCGGUAUAUUUGUGACAACAGUAGUGGUGGGUAGUGUGCUGUUGACGGGUCAGUUUGAGGUGAUGCAGCGGCCACUGAUGCGGGACAUUGCCUUUUACAUUGGGGCCACUUUUAUGGUGUGGUUUAUUAUA